UGGACGGGGCCUGGGCGGUGUGAGCGCGGCGGCGCGGUGCGGAGGCCGGGCGGUGAGGCGGGCCCUCCGGUUCCGGGUCAGGUCCCGUCCCGCCGGCCCGGGGCCUUCUCCUCACCAUGGCGAGCGGCGGCGGGGCGGGCGCGGCGGCCUCGGCCAACCUGAACGCGGUGAGGGAGACCAUGGACGUUCUGCUGGAGAUUUCAAGGAUUUUGAAUACCGGUUUGGAUAUGGAAACACUGUCUAUUUGUGUACGGCUUUGUGAACAAGGAAUCAACCCGGAAGCCUUAUCAUCUGUUAUCAAGGAGCUCCGCAAGGGUACUGAAGCACUAAAGGCUGCUGAAAAUACAAGCUGACUUUCAGGAGGUCGUGAUGAGAGCUAUCAAGCUUGGCAAGAAAAUCUGAAGAUUGCAUUGUUGUCAAUAUGUACAAGUAGUAGAAGUACAAUUUACAGAAAAAAUUGGUGUCAUUAUUUUUACUAUUAAAGCUUUAAUUCAAAUGAUGGUUCAAAAUAAAUUAAAAAAAUAUUAUGAUGGUCAUUGGUUCGGUUCCUGUUAUGGAAUCUCAAUGGAAUAUUUUCAAAAGCUUAAUAUGGAUUUAAUCUGAAUUUUUUUGUUUCUUAAAUUUUAAUUUUUGGUUCCAUGCUAUAUAAAUGACGUAAAAGCAUUCAUUUUUCUGUAGCCUUUUUUUCUUUUUUUUAGACAGGCAGAAGUGGUUUUAAAAAGAUUUACUAAUUAAGUAGCUACCUUCUCUGCUAUUAAACUAAUCUCUUCUGUUGAUCAGUUUUGUUUUGUUUAGUUUUGUUUUCCUGCUAUCAAAAAGCUAAGGAAGAAGAAUUGUGAAUCACAGGCCAGCUUGGGCUACAUAGACAACAUAGUGAGACCCAGUCUCAACAUACAAAAUCAUGGCUUGUAGCUGUUUUGACUUUUUCAAUGCAUGACAUUUUUACUAAGUAAACUGAAAGGUCUAUUGUAGGCAACUCUCCCAAGUUGGGAGACAGUGAGAACUUGUAAGAAUGAUCUGAUUGGUGAUAUGCAUACAGUGCAUAUUAUGUAUAAAAUCACAAAGUACCUUCUCAGACUUCACAAUGUGUAUGUGUCCUCGACCAUAGAGUUGAUAGUUUUAUUUAUGAUUUUGUAGAUUGUUAUUUAUGUGUGAAAGAAACAAAAUAUAUUGAGGAAGGAUUGUGUUUACAAUUGACUUCUUUAUUGUGUCACAUUUUUAAAUGUAAACAUUUUUAAUGAGUGCAUAAGUAAUAUUUAAUAAACCAGUGAUAAUGGCAGCUUCAUGCAUGUUGUCAGGGACGAAAAUAAAAUCAUUUUGGUGUUAUUGGCGUGUCCUUUUGAUAUACCAUGUGUGUCUGUGAGUUCAAUUCUGUUUUCUGAAGGUAGUAUAAAUAUUAAGGAAUUUACUAUGUGUGAAAAUUUUAAGAUAGAUUGUAUAAUUACAUCUUAAAUUAAGCUUUGAGUAUGAGUGGAAUUUUUUUCCUGAUAGUGAGAGGAAAUAAAUUAUAUUAGCAUUGGCUUGGCUUUAAAACUAAAUUGAUAAUUCAGGUAAAUGUAAUAUUCUGUUUUUCUGUAUCUUUAUGUGGAGAAUCAUAAAAUUUAUCUGCAUGUUGUUCAACUGCAUGUUGUUCAAAUAUAUAUGUGAACAUUUUCCAAUAACUGAAUCAAAUAUGUUUCAAACAUUUCAUUAAGGACUGAUUCCUUGGUCUCAUUAACCACUUUUUGUUGUGGUGAAGAUAACAUACAACUUAAUGGGUUUUAGUGAUUUUAAUUGAGCAGACUAGUGACUCUCACCAUCUUUAGAACUUUGUGUUUAUCUCAGACUAAAACAACAUGGAGAAUUAGUAAUUCUCCAUCCCUUUCUCUAACCCUAGCCAAACUUUUUUUUUUUUGCAUUCUGUCCAUUAACUUAAUUCUAGGCCUCUCCUAUAAACUGAAUCACAUGAUACAUAUCCAUUGCUGUGUCUUAUUUCAUGCAAUAUAGUGUCUCCAAAGAUCAUUCAUCUAAUACAUCAGUUUUUAAGUCUCAAUAUCUAUUGUAAUUGAUGUCUGUGCAGUGUUUUUCUUGUUCAUUCCACAGCUGGGGCUGCUGUGAAUGAUGCUGUGGACACUGGUGUGCAAGUAUCUGUUCAGACUCUUGCUUUUUAGCUCUCUGAGGCCCAGACUCCACAAAUGGUAGGAUGGGUGAAAGUAAGGAGAGGAGAGAAUGUUAAAGUAGCAACAUAGGCCUGAGUACUCAACUCAGGGUAGAUCCCAGUGACAUUAGAAGAAAAUGGGGAGUUUAGUGGAGUGUUAUUGGGAAAAUGUACUGAUGUGACUGGGUUUCUAACGUAGGAAACCAAUGGAGAUCAGAUUUCCUUAAUUUUUUUUUUUCUUAAGAAAAGGUCCUUAGUAUUAAGCUUCAUUCUUGUUUUUUUUAACUAAAUUUUUAUUUUUUAUAUUAAUUACAGUUUAUUCACUUUGUAUCCCAGCUGAAAGGAUAUUCUGAGUCACUGAGAUGUAUGGACUUGGGGACUGGGAAUGCAAGUAUGGUAUCUUUAUUUUUGAGUUCAUUACAAUGAAAUUAUUUUUAAGUAAAUAAAUACUACAAAACCCUUUUAGCAAAAUUUUACACAUGGAGAGAUUAAAAAUAUGUGUCUCUAUUGCUGGUAUCCUUUAUUUGUAGCUUAAUAGGUCUUUCUCGGUUUUAAUUCUGUCUUUGCACUACAAUAAAACAAACUAAUGAAGACUUUGGAAAACAAGAUUAUGUGUUAACUCUUAAAGAAGUAGUACAUUUUUACGUGUUCUCUUUUAUUAUAAUAAAUAACGUUUGCUAUCUAGCAGUAAAUUUAGAAGAUAAUCUUGAUAAUACAACAAAAAUAAAAAUCAGUGUACUUUCCCAAUAAAAGUAAUUCAGUUGUGUUGUGGAAUAGCUAGUUGUUUGUUAAACAAGUGUAGUGUUGACAGGCUUACCUCCAUGGCUGUGUUCACCAUAGCUUCUUAAAUAAUGGAUCUUGCUUUCUUACUAUAGGCUGCUGAAAAUACAAGCUGACUUUCAGGAGGUCGUGAUGAGAGCUAUCAAGCUUGGCAAGAAAAUCUGAAGAUUGCAUUGUUGUCAAUAUGUACAAGUAGUAGAAGUACAAUUUACAGAAAAAAUUGGUGUCAUUAUUUUUACUAUUAAAGCUUUAAUUCAAAUGAUGGUUCAAAAUAAAUUAAAAAAAUAUUAUGAUGGUCAUUGGUUCGGUUCCUGUUAUGGAAUCUCAAUGGAAUAUUUUCAAAAGCUUAAUAUGGAUUUAAUCUGAAUUUUUUUGUUUCUUAAAUUUUAAUUUUUGGUUCCAUGCUAUAUAAAUGACGUAAAAGCAUUCAUUUUUCUGUAGCCUUUUUUUCUUUUUUUUAGACAGGCAGAAGUGGUUUUAAAAAGAUUUACUAAUUAAGUAACUACCUUCUCUGCUAUUAAACUAAUCUCUUCUGUUGAUCAGUUUUGUUUUGUUUAGUUUUGUUUUCCUGCUAUCAAAAAGCUAAGGAAGAAGAAUUGUGAAUCACAGGCCAGCUUGGGCUACAUAGACAACAUAGUGAGACCCAGUCUCAACAUACAAAAUCAUGGCUUGUAGCUGUUUUGACUUUUUCAAUGCAUGACAUUUUUACUAAGUAAACUGAAAGGUCUAUUGUAGGCAACUCUCCCAAGUUGGGAGACAGUGAGAACUUGUAAGAAUGAUCUGAUUGGUGAUAUGCAUACAGUGCAUAUUAUGUAUGAAAUCACAAAGUACCUUCUCAGACUUCACAAUGUGUAUGUGUCCUCGACCAUAGAGUUGAUAGUUUUAUUUAUGAUUUUGUAGAUUGUUAUUUAUGUGUGAAAGAAACAAAAUAUAUUGAGGAAGGAUUGUGUUUACAAUUGACUUCUUUAUUGUGUCACAUUUUUAAAUGUAAACAUUUUUAAUGAGUGCAUAAGUAAUAUUUAAUAAACCAGUGAUAAUGGCAGCUUCAUGCAUGUUGUCAGGGACGAAAAUAAAAUCAUUUUGGUGUUA